AUGUUCGCAAAUUCGCUCGUGACACUGAAGCCUCCCUUCAGGAUUCAUAUUCCAAAAAUCGCCGUGAUGCUAAAGGGGGGAGAUGAAAAUUUUUACAAUCGGGAUUAUAACUCGAAAUAUAUUGUUUGUAUUUUUUAUAUCUUGAGAGUUCUUGAAGAUUUUAACAAAAACUUCGAAGCGCUGAGGAAGAAGGCCGAAGAUAAGUUAGAAGCUGUUACUCAGGCUUCAUUCAAGUUGCGAGACUUGAAGAAUGAAUAUAGAGAUGCAAGAAAUGAGUUUCUUGCCUAUGGUGAGGCUCAUCCUCAGUUUGCCACUCGUGAAAGCAUGGCUUUGCGAGAUUGUGAGUCUAUGAUUGAUGAUGGCAAUUCAGAUGAUGAGUUUAAACGCCCAUCUCCUUCCUACAGCCCGACAUCUCAUAGCUACAAACCGACGUCUCCUAGCUACAGUCCGACAUCUCCUACCGGCUACAGUGCAACUCGCCCAUCUUUUUUCCCAGCUGCCCCUCAGUCAACUCCUUUCCCAAAAAAUGCGAGCCGUAAGCGAAAACAGAAUAACGCUCCUUCUGGAAAAGCAAAACGAACUGCAAAUUAUCGAAACAACUUCAAAAAUGCCAUCAAUAACUGA